CCGCCAGCAGAGCUCGCGUCUGCCUGGGAGCGACACGACGUCUCUCUCGCUCGCUUUUUUCCCCCUGUGUGCUGCUGUGAGGAAUGACGGUCUCCGCACUCAUUCCUCACCGGUCGCCGUCCCCGAUUGCUCACCUUUGUACGGCGGAACACUUUGGUUGGUCCACACUUUUUCUCCGCCCGCAAACCACACCGAUUAUUGCGUCGAGCGAUUAGACUCUUUGUUUUCGUGGUGGGCGAGCCAUGGAGGAAGAGGCGGAGGCGGCUGAGGGGCUCUGAUCGGCGGAUGGCGCGUCGGAUUGGAGCAGUCGAGGUUGGGGGAUUUCCUGUCCCUCUGGAAGGGAUCAAAUGCGGCGCCUGCCUGGUGGACUGGGUGGAGCUCUAGUGGCGGCCGGUGUUCCUCCUGCUGGCGCCUGCCUCAUCUAGGUGCCCUUUGUUCAGUUCUUGUUGCGAGUUGUUAAUCUACCGUAUCCGGGGUCUGGGGAUCCGUUUGGCCGGAGGUUUUGAGUAGAUGGAUGACGAGGACUACUCGUGGGUGCGGCGCACCAGGUUCUCGCAGUCCAUCGUCAGGUCCAGCUCCGGCAGGGAGCAGUAUGGCGCGUUCAUCGAGCAGUUCAGUCGUGGCGCCGAGCUGAGGCAGAACGGGUUGGGCACAGGGGGCUACAGGCUCCCUCGCCAGAGUCUACAGCCGCCCUUGGCGAAGGGACCCGGGGUCUCCAACUCGGCAAGGCUGCCGAUUCCCAAGGCGAAAUCGGCAGUUGCCCAGUCGGAACGGAAGCUGAAACAUGUGUCUUCAGAUGGACAGCUCAACAGAGACAGGAGCGCUGAUUGCUCGUCGCAAGAGUCAUCGGUGAAGCAGAACCGGAAGGGGCUCGUCGGCCUGAACUUGGACAUUCCACAGCUGCAUGUGGUUCGGCCAUCCAAGGACAGUCCAGACCCGCUGGAUUUCUCUUUUCACUCGGAAGAGCACAGCCAGACGCUUCAGAGAGUGUGUUCUAGCCCGGCUCCUUUCUUUAUGAAGGAUGCAACGGCACGAGCUGAUGAUUCCAGAGUGCGUAGUGCAUCUAUGAAGGUCACCGGAGAAGUGUCCAAGCCGAUGGCGAAGCCGAAACGAAGAGCCAAGUCCCCUAUCCCCAAGCGCGCCAUCUCGGAUGUGUUCAAGGAGGCGAAAGCUGCCACCAAGAGGUUCUCCAGCCCGCAACGGCAGAGGAAGCCCACAUCCCCACGGUCACCAGAUGACAGCCCUCCAUUCGGCUUUGCUUCACUGAGAACACCAAGCAAACUGAAGAUUAAUAGCAGAACCUCCUCAUGGCCGAGAAGGAACCUUGACAGUGGACUGGCAAAAGUUGCUGCACUGGAGAUCCUUGAGAGGUGGACAGUGGAUCGCUCUGAGUUGCUCAUCGGCCAUAGAUUUGCAUCCGGGGCGUAUAGCCGAUUGUUCCAUGGGAUCUACAAGGAGCUACCUGUUGCUGUGAAGUUCAUCAGGCAGCCUGACGAUGGCGAGGAUGACGAAUUGUCUGCUAAGCUUGAGAAGCAGUUCACUUCAGAGGUUACCAUUCUGGCAAGGCUCCAACAUCGUAAUGUCAUUAAGCUUGUUGGGGCCUGUAAUUGCCCGCCAGUCUUCUGUGUCAUCACUGAGUUUUUGUCUGGGGGUUCUUUGAGGGCUUUCUUGCGAAAGCUGGAGCGUAAAACUCUUCCUUUGGAGAAGGUCGUUUCCAUCGCUUUGGAUAUCGCACGUGGCCUGGAAUAUAUUCACCUCAAAGGAAUUGUGCACCGUGACAUCAAACCCGAGAACAUCUUAUUUGAUGGAGAAUUUUGCGCUAAGGUCGUCGAUUUUGGAGUGGCAUGUGAAGAAAUAUACUGCAAUUUGUUAGGGGAUGAUCCAGGUACUUAUAGAUGGAUGGCACCAGAGAUGUACAAGCACAAGCCAUAUGGCCGGAAGGUUGAUGUUUAUAGCUUUGGACUUGUCUUGUGGGAAUUGGUCACUGGUUCACUCCCUUACGAAGAUAUGACUCCGCUUCAGGCAGCUUUUGCGGUUGUUAAUAAGAAUUUGAGACCGGUUAUUCCAUUGAGCUGCCCAGCAGCGCUGAAGCUAUUGAUCGAGCAAUGUUGGUCCUGGAACCCAGAAAAGAGGCCCGAGUUUCAGCAAAUAGUUUCAAUCCUUGAAAACUUCAAGAGAGCUCUUGAAAGAGAUGGAACACUCGACAAGGUCCCAAUCUCGAUCUGCCAGGCCCUGGAAUGCAUUGAUCAAAACAAGAAGAAGGCUGCCAACUGGAUCCAAAGGCUGUCAUACGCUCAACCUGAUUUCUCCGGACGUCCACCCCCAAAGUUACUGUAGUUACGCGUCUUCUUGUUCUUAGUAGCUUGUUAUCUGGUAGGUAGCUACUGUGUAAAUUGAAUUUUUCAUGUUUUUGUUGAGAGACCAGAGAUCUCUUCAUGGUAUAUACUCGGACACAGUACAUACAUCAAAUUUUUUGGGGGAGCACAGUAAAUACUUGUUUGGCUAUCU